UGCAGUCACAGGUAGAUGAAUGGUUGCUGUCAGGCCAGCAGGUGGCUCCCUUUCAACAACCCUCAGCUCAGUCAGCCUGCACACACCGUCAGCCAGUUCCGCUGUCACAACAACGCCACAAUGACAGACUCGGGGCCGAGGUUCAAAAUAUUGAAGUUCCUAAAGAUUAUUAUCUGUAGCUUCAUCCUUACGCUGCUGCUGCUAUUCACCGUAGCGUCUCUCAGGACUCUUUCGCUGGACGUGAACGUCGGACUCCAGCUCGCACGCUGGGAAAAGACAAACAACAUCUCGCUGGACAUAGACCACCGUCAGAGAGAGGAACUGCUCGCUAACUUUAAAGAAGCUAUCCGGAUCCCCACGGUGUCAUUCUCAGAGACGGAAAUCAACACUACCGCCCUGCUCGAAUUUGACAGGCUCCUCCGCAAAGCCUUCCCAACAGUUUUUUCUUCAAGCUUGGUUCAUCAUGAAUUGGUGGCCAAAUACAGUCACUUGUUUUGGGUGCCAGGAUCACAGCCUGACCUCAUGCCAUACCUGCUGCUGGCCCACAUUGAUGUCGUACCUGCCUCAGAGUCAGACGGCUGGGAGGCCCCACCAUUUUCUGCGCAGGAGAUAGAUGACUUCAUCUAUGGUAGAGGGACCAUAGAUGACAAGAGCCCUGUAAUGGGAAUACUUCAGGCACUGGAGUACUUGCUGAUAAAAGGAUAUGCUCCACGCAGAGGAUUUUACAUCGGCCUUGGUCACGAUGAAGAGGUCAGUGGCUUCAAGGGGGCCAUGAGCAUAGUACGUGUCCUGAAGCAACGCGGUGUAAAGCUGUCAUUUGUCAUGGAUGAGGGCCUAGCUAUACUUGACGGAGUCAUCAGUGGUCUUGAAGGACCUGCUGCCCUAAUUGGAGUAAGUGAAAAGGGUCAAGCCACUGUAAAGCUCAGUGUGGCUAUGCUCCCUGGCCACUCUUCAAUGCCUCCCAGGGAGACCAGCAUUGGGAUCUUGGCUGCAGCAGUCAAAAGGCUUGAGGAAAACCCCAUGCCAAGAUUGUUUGGUCAUGGGCCUGAAAGUGGAACCUUUGAGCAUCUGGCCCAUAAAUUUAAACUCCCAAUGAAGUUGAUAAUGUCGAAUUUGUGGCUGUUUUCUCCACUCCUUGGCAGGGUUCUUGAAAGAAAACCAGACACUAAUGCUUUUGUAAGGACAACCACAGCAGUCACCAUGUUUAAUGCAGGGGUUAAGGUGAAUGUCAUCCCUUCCCUCGCUGAAGCUUACGUAAAUCUACGAAUCCAUUCAGCACAGUCAUUACAAGAGGUCCUAGACCUCAUCCAGUUGACAGUAGGGGACCAGCGAGUGAAAAUGGAACUUGUUGAUGGGUUUGACCCUCUGCCUGUCAGCUCUAGUGAUGAAAAAUCCUUUGGCUUCCAGAUCAUAAAGAAAACUGUGUUGGACAUGUUUCCAACAGUUACAGUCGCUCCAGGUAUUUGCAUCGGGAACACAGACAGCCGACACUUCAAAGACCUGACCAAUGAUAUUUAUCGCUUUGCACCCGUCUGGUUUAAACCAGGAGAUGCUCAGAGAUUCCAUGGCAUCAACGAAAGGAUUUCCAAAAAGAACUAUGAGGAGCUUGUAGUAUUUUACUCCAGUCUGAUUCAAAAUUGUGACAUUCAGAAGCUUCCCGAGCCUCACAGCUCUGUCCAUGAACUCUAAGGAAUAGGUCAUAAUACUUGCAAUUCAAAAAAACUGUUCUUGUUAAAUUUCAAGAGCAUGCAAUGGGACCAUGACUUACUGGUUGUCACUAAUUUUCAAACAAAAUUACGUGAUACUGCAUUUUAGAGCCAAAAGGUGAAAUUUUCCAAACAACAGUCUCUUGUAAAUCUUCUUUGAUGACAAACAGUAUUGAUCUAGUUGGGAUGAAACGAGUCUGAGAUAACUAUGUGGAAAUCCUCUGCACAUGUGAUUAAGAUUUUGUGGUAGGCUGCUGGGGUAAUUUUUUAUUUUUUUUAAUUGUGAAUGUAUAAUUGAAUGAAAUGAUAAGACUGUGGUACUAAAACAUUUGAAAGUUCGAUGGUAAACUUAAUUUAAAUGAAAUCACUACAAACAUAUUUUUAUAUAAAAAGAUGCUUCUUACUGUGGAACUACUGAAUUGUGAAAAAAAUGUACACUGUACUUUGACUGACUCAUUAAAAUCAAUACUGAUUUGUAACACUGA